AUGAACCAGAGGGUCUAUGCUGUUGAGAAAAAGAUCGAAGAAAUUAAGACGCAAGUUUACAGGGAUUUUACCAAGAUGCAGAAAGCAAAUGUGAUGUCGAUCGUACCCGAAGCUUUCAUGAAGGUAAAGCCUCCUGUGUUUGAUGGAUCCGUGUCCUGGUCCGUCUACAAGCUACAAUUUGACGCCGCGGCCAAAGUCAACCAAUGGAACAGCGAUGAGGAGAAAGCAACAGCCCUUAUAUUAUCCCUAAGAGGAAAGGCCUCCGAACUGCUGCAGUCCAUUCCAAACCCACAAGACUACGCUGCUCUCGUCAAGACGAUGGAGCUCCGUUACGGUGACGAGUAUCUGCCAGAAUUGUAUCGAGUCAAAUUGAAGACCCGCCGACAGCAAUCAAAUGAAACCCUACGGGAGUUGGAGGCAGACAUUGCACGCCUCGCCCAUUUGGCUUACCCAACAGCCACGCAAGACCUCCUGGAAAUAAUCAUUACUGAUGCGUUUGCCGAUGCACUUCGAGACCCCGAACUGAAGAAGGCCAUCAGAGUUAGUGGCAAGCACAAAACCAGUGAAGCCCUUGUGUACGCUCUCUUAUACCAAGCUGCUAAAGACGAGUCCGAGAACAUUUGCCAGGACCAGAGGCGGGAGGUUAAAAAUGAAGGUCGCAAGGAACUGAGAAAAACGAACGAGGCCCUAGAGAAAUGUAAAACCAUCCAGAUACCACAAGGUCAACGUGGAGUGAGAAAACGAUGCUGGAACUGUGGAGGGUUUGGCCACCUACAAAGAAACUGUGCAAAAAGGUCUUUUCGACAAGAAGUGAACCAACACAGAUCUGAGAAAGUAUACAGACCCUGCAGGAAGGCUGAAGAAAAGGGGGUGAUCAUCGAUUGUCGUCGUCUUGAGGUGCAAGCUCCCGAGCCGCGGUCAGACGAGAAAAGCCAAGAUGCUCAGCGAAAAGAUGAAAAUGUAGCCCCCAUUUUCCGAAUGAAGGAAGCUCAUAAUUUAGCCCGCAAAAACAUCAACAGGAGCAGUGACCAAAUGAAGGCAAGGAAUGACAUAAGGGUCAAUGCCUCGAGGUUCCGAAAUAAGGCUGCAAGAACGAUAAGGGACACUGGAAGCACUAUUGUUGGAAUAAACCGAAAAUUGGUUGAAGAUCAUGAAUAUACUGGAAAAAACAAAGCAUGUAUUAUGUUUGAUGGUAAAACAGUUCGAUUACCCGUAGCCCGAGUGAACAUUAAAACACCGUAUUAUACCGGGAGCGUAGAGGCAUGUGUUAUAGACCAUGAUCAAAUUGAUUUGAUUAUUGGCAAUAUACCAAACAUAAAGAAGUGCACGGAAAAUGAGAUAGCAGUUUGGAAAAAUUGUUGUGGAAUGGCCACUACUCGAUCCUGUAGUAAAGAUGUAGAGGAAGGAGAUUUGGCAAAGUUGUUCGAGUUAUCAACUAUGGAAAAAGAGCAAGAUGAAGAACAAGAUGAAAACACAGAAACAAUUAAAAUCAAAGACAUAGGAUUUAACAAAGAAAAAUUUAUCACAAAACAAAAAAAUGAUCCAGAGUUACUCCAAUUAGCAAAGAAAGGAGGUAGAGGAGGAAGAUUCUAUGUAGAAAGAGGAACUCUUGUUAGAGAGAUUGAAUGGCAUGGAAAAAAAGUAAUCCAGUUUGUGGUACCCAGAGAAUUCAGGCAGCUUGUAAUGGAAAAUGGACACGAUAUAGCACACACAGAACAUCUGGGAUUACACAAAACGAAACAAAGAAUAUUUCAGAAAUAUUAUUGGCCAUCAAUUAAUAAGGACAUAAAAAGUUAUGUGACUUCGUGCCAACUAUGUUCUAGAAAAGGAGCAAGAAACAUAAAAGCACCAUUACAAAGGAUGGAUUUACCAGAUAGACCAUUUAGUAAAAUAGCGAUUGAUUUAAUCGGUCCAAUGCCAGUGGUAUCAAAUAGGGGUCACCGUUAUAUCCUAACUGUGAUAGACGUGUGCUCCAGAUGGCCGGAAGCUAUCCCACUCAAACGAAUUGAAGCCAGAGAUAUAGUACAAGCAUUAUAUACGUUAUUUACAAGAUUUGGAUUUCCUAGAGAAAUAUUGUCAGAUAGGGACACUCAAUUCAACUGUCAAUUGGCUACAACAUUCUUGAACAUGUUUGGGAUACAGCAAAGGUUUACAACCUCGUAUUAUCCACAGAGCACUUGUGAACGUUUUAAUGUCAAUCUAAAGAAAUCAUUAUAUAAAGUAAUGGAUGAUAAACCCAAAGAGUGGGAUAUGGCAAUACCGUCAAUACUAUUUGCAUACAGGGAGAGUCGUAAUGAAAUAACAGGGUUUUCACCAUUUCAAAUGAUUUAUGGAGGAAAUCCACGAGGUCCAAUGACAAUAUUGAAAGAUUUGAUAAUCCCACAGGAUCAUGUAGUAACUAAUGACAGUUAUGAUAUUGUGACAGAAACUAGAAAUCAGAUUAUAAAGGCAUGUGAAGAAGCGGAUAGACAGAUGCUAGAGAGAAAUGAAUUAGCACAUUCCAUAGUGAAUGAACAUAGAAAAAUGGCGGAAUUAGAGGUAGGACAAGAUGUUUUGGUCUUACAUAAGGAUAACAAUAAUGCUUCGGCCACAAAUUGGCUGGGACCAUACAAAGUAGCAAGGAAAAUUAGCGAUAUGGAUUAUGAAAUAGACAUUGAUUCGAUGUUAAAAAUAUUUCAUGUGGAUUUGUUAAAAGAAUUUACACCAAGACAAAGAAGUGAAGAAAGGAGUAAGGAUGAGUCAAUGACAAUGAGUGCCUGUGUGACGGAAGAAAUGGAGACAGAGGAAAGGUUUAGACCAAUAGAGACAGUGGCAACAGAAAGUAGGCAAACAUGGAAGGAUGUCAUGGUGGAUGGAGUUUCUCUUGAUAGAGCUAAAGAAAUCAAGGCACUAAUUGAGGAGUAUAAGAAUAUUUUUACGGAUUUACCUGGGAAAACAAAUGCAUCAGCCAUUGCAAUAGGAGGCUGUCUAAUGCAAAAAUGGAAUGGUGUCCCACAUCCUGUUUUAUAUGUGAGUAGAAAACUGACAACAUCUGAGUUGAAAUAUGAUACCAUUGAAAAGGAAGGACUAGCCAUUGUAUGGGGUAUAACAAAAUUAGGGUUCUACCUAAUGGGAGCUAAAUUUGAACUAUGGACGGAUCACGCUCCCUUGGCCUUCAUUAAUACAAAUAAACUAGGGAACAACAGAAUAGCCAGAUGGGCAUUGCAACUUAUGGAUUAUAACUUUGAGGUCAGGACAAUACCAGGGAAAGACAAUGUGAUAGCGGACACAUUAUCACGGUGUACCUAA